GGCAGCACUUUUCCUUCUCAUCGUUUCCAGCCCUUCCAAGCGCUCUCUACCGCUCUCCUUUCGUUUAUUUCCUCUCUCCUGCCGCUCUGAUGCUAUGCUCACUUCCAUUGCAGUGCCUUGCCGCUUUUAAGAUACUUUUGUAUCUCUGUAUCUUCCAGUGCCAGUGUCAGCGCCGCUUGCAGUUUUAUGUUGUUGUGGCUUCCAGUUCGCUGGACUGGAUGGCCAAGACAAACAUCCAUUCCAUUCGCUGAGCGGCUUUCGCUGUUGAAUGAGCUGUUUGGCUAGUUUUCGUGGAACGGCCGCCGGUUCGUUUCGUAGCGUAUCUUCGAGAUACAAACACUAAAUCGAAUCGAAUGAAUAUUGCAGCUGUCGUUGCGCGCGUGUUGUCGAUGGAAAUUGUGGAAUUAUAACAAUUACAUCUCGUGUGGAAGUGUGAAAGUGAAAUAGUCGAGCCAAGAGCGACGCAAUUAGAUGAAAAUACACUCACGCUCUGUAUCCGUAUCUUUGUAUCUUGUGUGCGAGCGCGCUUCAACAAGUAAACCGAAAUUAAAAAACUCACUGGAGUGGAAGGCUCGUCCUUGAGCUCCCCACUUAAACACACCUGUUUUAGAACGAAAUACAUAUUCAAGUGCAAUUUGAGCCACCGAAAAAGACAGCCAGCGUCAGUUAGAAAGAGAGGGCAAGCGAGCGGUGAAAGAGAUGAAUAAUUUCACAACCACAACAGCAGCCCCACCACCAAAGGAAGCGCUUCCCCGAUCAGGACAUGUUAAUGAGGUCUGCAAGGAGUGGCUCGUGCGUGAGGAUGGCGCUCUGGCCUAUAAACUCCAGUCUCAAGAGAUUAACGACUUCUACAAGGGAAAUCGGUACAGAAACGCGGUGGUUCGCGAGGAUUUCCCAACGGCCCUCCACGAACAGAUCAAGGAGAAGGAGCAGGCCCAGCGAAGGGUGGAUGCCUACAGAAGACGCCUAACUGAGCAGGAGGAGCAUGACAAGCGUGUGGCCAAAGAAAUUGCUGACAAGCUGGAGCGUGAUCUGCAGGAGCAACAGCAAAAGGAGCUGCAACAAAGCGAGUUAAUAGCCAAGCAAAUGCAGGAAAUCUAUGUUAAUCUGCCGCCUGUGCCGCCGCCAGCAACACGCGACAAGAGCCGUCCGCCGCCACGUCCCGCCAAAGCAAGUAUACACCUGCAACAACAGCAGCAACAUCAGACACAGCAGCAACAUCAGACACAGCAGCAGCAUCAAUCAGAGCCGAGCACCUCACAGCAGGCUAGAUAUCACAGUCAGCAACAACAGCAGCAGCAGCAACCAUUGCUGCUACAGCAGCAACACUUCUCACAAACAGACAACUAUGUAGGAUUAUCGCUUAUACCAAAUAUUGUAGAUUUGCCAGCCGCGGCAACAGCAGCAACAUGCACCACUCCCAGUAGAAAUGCACAGGCACACAAUCAGCUGUUGGUGAGUGAUGUCUUAUCAUCGCCACAGCAGCAACAACAUCACUCACGUUUUCAUCAUGCACAGCCGAAGCAGCAGCAGCAACAUAAAUCAUCAUCGCCGGCACGUCGUCCACCAACAAUAACUAACAUGCCCAGCACUUCAUCCAUAACUCAGCACCCACCCACACAAUCCACACAAGCACAGGCAGCUGGCAUUGAUGAGCUGGUGGACUAUGCCGAUGUUGCUGACAGCAUACGCGACUACAACAUCGCUGCCACGAGCACGGCAGCAACAUCGGCCAGCGUUGUCGAUGCAGCUGCAACAUCACUCCAGCAGCAACGCUCCCCGUCACACGAAAAUCUCCUAAGAACCGAACCGAAAUUUCAGAAACUGUCACCCGAAAAGUACGAUCAACUGGUGGGCAAUUUCGGUUUGGGACCCACUUCGGGGCUCGGAUCGGGAUCGGGAUCAGGACCGGGAUCGGCCAAAGCAGCUGAGAGACACAUGCAGCAGCAUGCCGAUGACAUCGAGCUCUAUGUGGAUCCCUGCGAUUAUGCCAGCCUGCGAGAGAUCGGGCUGCCGAUGGAAGAGAUCCAGGAGAUGAGCAAGAAGCUCAAGCAGGAGCAGAAGGAUGAGUUGCUGGCUCGUCGCCUGCAGGCCAUUGAGUCCAAGGACUGCGUGCGACAGGAGCACAGGGAUCGCCUGCUGGCCAUUGAAGCCCAGGACAAGGAGCUGGCCAAAAUGCUGCAGGACAGGAUGAACUCACGAAAUUCUUUUUGCUAUAGAUACAACUAUCUAGAAAUCAGAAAGGAGAAGGCCAAAGCCAAGCGGGCCAAGGAGAAAGCUCGUUUGCGAAAAACUCAGCAGAAGGAAGCCGCAGAAGCUGCCAAUGGCAGUGGUAGUCUGCUCUGUGGCACCAAUUCCCAUUGUGGUCCGCUGCUGCCACUGCCACCGGAUUGCCUUUCCAGCACUGCCAAUCAUUCCCAGGCCGACAUCGAUGUGGAGGCCUACUCCAAUCCCAUAGACGUGCUCAACAGCAGUCGUGAGCAGCGGACCCACAACGGACCUUUGACCAAUGGCAGCCUGACCAGAGAUGGGGGCUCCUCCAAUCACAGCUCCAUGCAGAGACAGCAGCGGAACAUGGCACCCAUUAGGGCAGAAGAUGAUAUCUACACUCUGCCCGUGGACAGUUGCAGGCCAGGACAAAGACCUGUUUCACUGCACAUGGCAGCGGAUGCAGUGCAACAGCUUCAGACCCACAAUUCCAUGACGAGAUCGGAGCAUUACGGAUCCGAGGCCGGUUCCCAUGACAGUUCGCAUCAGAGUGGUCAGGAUAUAACGCCUCACAUGAAAUACUCCAAGUCCGGCAAUUUCGGUAUAUAUAUCAAAGUGCCAGCCCCACGCCGCCUUACAUGCCAAUUCAAGGUACUCGACGAUCAAAUUCAAGUGAAGAUCGUAAAAAGAAGUCCAAGGACAAGUGCACGCAUCAGUGAACCAUAAUCACCCAUUUAAAACACAUUUAUUCAUAUAUGUUUUAAACUCUCU